GUCUCUUUCGCCUCCUUCACCUUCAAAAGCUUAACCUGGCUUUCAAUGAUUUCAAUCACUCUCUGAUUCCCUCUGCAUUGGGCAAUCUUUCCAUGCUCACUUAUCUUAACCUGUCUAGUUCUGUAUUUUCUGGUCAAAUACCCUCAGAAAUUUCAAAGCUCUAUAGGCUAUCUUCCCUGGAUCUCUCAAAUAAUCAAGAGUUUAACCCUUUUCGAAGGUUGUUGGAACUCAAAGAGCCAGAUUUGAAUAAUUUGAUACAGAAUUUAACAAACUUGGAGAAGCUGCAUCUCUCGUACGUAGAUAUGGCUUCUCCGGUUCCCAGUGUGUCGGCCAACUUUUCGAAGCUCACCUCCCUUUAUCUCGAGGGUUGUGGACUGCAGGGCAUGUUUCCAUCAGCCAUUUUCCAGCUUCCCAAGCUUGAAACUAUUUGGCUGUUACACAAUCAUGUUCUCACAGGUUACUUGCCAGAGUUCAGUUUCAGCAACAAUCUUAAAACGUUGGCGUUGUGGAAUACAAGCUUUUUCUGGUGAGUUACCUGCAUCAAUUGAGAACCUUGAUUCCAUGGAAUUCUUGGGACUCGGUCACUGCAACUUCACAGGGUUAGUGCCAUCUACAUUGGGUAAUCUCACCAAUCUCAAGUUCCUGGAUCUUGCAACCAAUUAUUUUAGGGGGUCAGUACCGCCGACGCUGGCUAAUCUCACCAAGCUCGAUUAUUUGGAUCUUGGUAGUAAUUAUUUUACAGGUUUUAUUCCUCCUGAGCUGACCAACCUGACCCAACUCACUCAUUUGGACCUGCAACAUAACAUGUUACAAGGAUCAGUUCCAAGCUCACUCCCACGACUCGAGAAACUUGAAUUUUUCGACUGUGACGCCAAUAGAUUGGGUGGCAUACUGGAGAUGGAUACAUUUCUUGAGCUAAAGAAUUUGCAAAAUUUGUUUCUGUCAAAGAAUGAUUUCUAUUUAGUUUCUAGAAAUAAUAGCAAUGCCACCGGUGCUCAGCUUGUUGAUAUAGGGUUGCGGUACUGCCAUCUAACAGAGUUCCCAUAUUUCUUGCGCAACCAACACCGCUUGCAGCUUCUUGAUCUUUCUUCAAACAACAUUAAGGGCCAGAUACCCCAAUAGAUGUCCAAAGUGAGCGUUGAAACUCUCUUUUUUCUAGACCUUUCAAACAACUCUCUCACCGGUUUUGAUGAAUUCCCAAUUGUUCUUCCUUGGUCUAAACUACAAUAUCUAAAACUUGAUUCCAACAUUCUCCAAGGUUCACUCCCUGUUCCACCCAUGUCUACUCUUUUCUAUUCCAUCUCAAACAAUUCUCUCAGCGGAGAAAUCCCACAGCUGUUGUGCAAUGUCAGCUCUCUUUCUAUUCUUGACGUUUCCCAGAAUAACUUGACUGGUAACAUCCCAUUGUGUCUGAGCAACUUCAGCAAGCACUUGUUAGUAUUGAGGGUGCGGUCCAACAACUUGCAGGGUCCUAUUCCUAGUGGUUGGACAAGUGGAAAGAGAUUAAAAAUGAUAGAUUUGGGAAGAAACAACUUGCAAGGUGGGAUUCCAAAAUCUCUGAUGGCGUGUAGAAUGUUGGAAUAUCUUGAUCUUGGAAACAAUCAGAUUAGGGAUGCAUUCCCUUCAUGGUUGGGGUCACUUCCGCAGUUGAAUAUUCUUAUUUUAUCCUCGAAUGCACUUUAUGGUACCAUAGGGGACGCUACGUCGAAUCUCAUCGUCUUCCCUAAGUUGCGAGUCAUCGAUCUCUCCCACAACGGAUUCAAUGGAACCCUGCCAUCAGGUUACUUUGAAAGAUGGAUCACCAUGGCAAGUCUAGAUGGGAAAAACUCACAAGCUUCUUACAUGGUUGAAAAUUCAAAUAUGACGAUAAAUGACAUGCAAGUUCCCAGGACUUAUGCCUACUCAAUGACAAUCACAAACAAAGGCACAGAAAUGCAGUACCCAAAGAUCAUUAAGACUCUUGCAGCCAUUGAUUUCUCCUGCAACAGAUUUGAUGGAGAAAUUCCAGAAUCCAUUGGGAAUCUCAAAGAGCUUCAGUUGCUCAAUUUUUCGAAUAACAAUCUAGUUGGAGGAAUCCCAAAAGCUAUAGCGAAGCUCACUAAUCUUGAAGUUUUGGACCUUUCAAGGAACAAGCUAGAGGGAAGAAUUCCUUUGGAGUUGAGUCCUGGACUCAAUUUCCUUGAGUUCCUCAACCUCUCUCAUAAUCAUCUCACAGGGCUUAUACCACAGGGAUACCAAUUUGAUACUUUUCAAAGUAGUUCCUUUGAAGGAAAUCCAGGGUUGUGUGGAAAACAAUUGCUAAAAGAAUGUAACACUAAUUCUGGAGGAUUGCCAACUCCAUCUUCAACUAGUUCAGAAGGGUCUGGAUCAUUGGAUUGGAUAGCAAUAUUUCUGGGCUAUGGAUGUGGAUUCCUAUUGGGAACAGUGAUUGGGAAUAUUGUAAUCAAAAGGAAACAUGAUUGGUUUACCAAGACUCUCCAAAAUUCAUGGAAGCAGGCGAAUGAGCUGAACUAUAUUCAAAUGCAUGCAUGUACUGUAUAAUGAGUGAGGUGGUGAUAUACA